AUGCUGAAUGAUUUUGUGUCAGAAAAUGUAAUCUCUUAUGUGGGAUGUAUGACUCAACUAUUUUUCUUUUGUUUCUUUGUCAAUUCUGAAUGCUAUGUGUUGGUAUCAACGGCCUAUGAUCGCUAUGUGGCUAUCUGCAACCCUCUGAUGUACACGGUCACCAUGUCCCCUCAGGUCUGUUCUCUGUUGAUGUUUGGUUCAUAUGUGAUAGGGUUUGCUGGAGCCAUAGCCCACACUGGAAGCAUGUUGAGACUGACCUUCUGUAACUCCAACAUCAUCCACCAUUAUCUGUGUGAAGUUCUCCCUCUCUUGCAGCUCUCCUGCACCAGCACCCAUGUCAAUGAGCUGGUAUUUUUUAUUGUUGUGGGAGUUGUCAUUUCAAUAUCUAGUAUCAGCAUCUUCAUUUCUUAUGCCUUGAUUCUCUCUAAUAUCUUCCAUAUUCCUCCUGCUGAGGGCAGGUCCAAAGCCUUUAGCACAUGUGGCUCCCACAUAAUUGCUGUUGCUUUGUUUUUUGGAUCAGGGGCAUUUACCUAUUUAACAACCUCUUUUCCUGGAUCUAUGGACCAGAAUAAACUUGCUUCAGUCUUUUAA